GCCGGCUCUGUAUGGCUCUCCUACUGUUCUGCACUGUGAAGUAGAAGAUGAACUCUGCGCUUUCUUUGAAUCGAUCGAUUCGGAGUUAUUGUUAUUCUCUCCCGUCCUCUGAAAACCAUAAGAUCGUCGGAAUUAAGCCAUGUAAACUACAAAUUCCGUCACUUUUCAACGAUUUCUCGAAGUGGAGGCACUUGAAGAAUACUUGUUCCAGUAGCUUUUUGAGAAUUCAGCUUCGAGAUGACCGGAAUGAGUCGGGGAAGAUUCUGUGUCGUCCAGUUUUUGGAUUUUCCUCGAACGGUGCUGAGUUUGGUCCGAUUCCGGAAGAGCGCGGGAGCGGGACUGAUCAGUCUCCUAGUUUCACCGAGUUUAUCACGUCGGAGCGAGUCAAAGUGGUGGCUAUGCUCGCUUUGGCUCUGGCGCUUUGCAACGCGGAUAGAGUUGUGAUGUCAGUGGCGAUUGUGCCUUUGUCGCUCGCUCACGGGUGGAGCCGAUCGUUUUCUGGCAUUGUUCAGUCAUCUUUUCUAUGGGGAUACUUGAUGACAAUAGCAGGGGGAGCAUUAGUGGACUACUAUGGUGGUAAGGUAGUGAUGGCAUGGGGUGUGGCAUUGUGGUCAUUAUCUACAUUUCUUACACCAUGGGCAGCUGAAACUUCUUUGUGGGCAUUACUUCUUGCACGAGCUAUGCUUGGUGUGGCAGAAGGUGUAGCUCUUCCUUGCAUGAACAACAUGAUAGCAAGAUGGUUUCCUCAGACAGAACGUGCAAGGGCUGUUGGAAUUGCAAUGGCUGGAUUUCAGCUUGGAAAUGCAAUAGGACUCACUCUGUCUCCAAUUCUCAUGUCACAAGCGGGUAUAUUUGGACCAUUUGUGAUAUUUGGUCUAUGUGGAUUUCUUUGGGUUUUGGUAUGGUUAUCUGCAACUUCAGGUACUCCUGACCAAAGUCGCCAGAUUUCAAAAUAUGAACUGGAAUACAUAAUGAAGGAUAGGAAGAAAUCUCUUGCAGCUGAGAAAAAACCUAGGGCAGCCAAAAUGAUGCCUCCACUCAGAAGACUGCUUUCUAAAAUGCCAACAUGGUCCCUAAUUGUUGCAAAUGCCAUGCAUAGCUGGGGAUUUUUUGUCAUACUUUCAUGGAUGCCCAUUUACUUCAACUCGGUACACCUUGUUGAUCUCAGACAAGCAGCAUGGUUUAGUGCUGUUCCAUGGAGCAUGAUGGCUUUAACGGGAUUCCUUGCUGGUAUGUGGUCAGACUUGUUGAUAAAGAAUGGUACCAGUGUCACUUUGACUCGCAAGAUGAUGCAGUCUAUUGGUUUUCUUGGUGCCGGCUUCUCUUUGAUUGGUUUAACAGCAGCAAAAAGGCCAAUUGUUGCGUCUGCUUGGCUUAGUUUAGCCGUUGGGCUGAAAUCAUUCAGUCAUUGUGGUUUCCUUGUCAACCUUCAGGAGAUUGCUCCCCAAUAUUCUGGCAUUUUACAUGGAUUGUCAAACACAGCUGGAACAUUAGCUGCUAUUGUGGGAACAGUUGGAGCUGGUUUCUUUGUUGAAUUGGCGGGAUCUUUCCAAGGAUUUCUGUUGCUCACAUCCCUCUUAUACUUUCUGUCAGCUCUUUUCUACAUCAUCUUCUCCACUGGAGAGAGAGUAAACUUCGAUGAAGCUGCUCCCUGAUGUUGAUGACUGUUUGAGACUGCUCAACAUUGAUGGAUUGGAUGGUAUGAUAGCAACGGCAACGGCAACAAAUGGAGCAAAACUCUUCAAUCAUGCAGACUGUUAGGCGGCAGAUCCUGUAUAAAAUUUCAUAAUAUGAACGAAAUCAAAGGCUGUAGAUUCA